GACUAAACCUGUCAUUAGUGUCACUGCAGCCCAUGCAGAGUGCUUACACUCUUGCUGUACAGCAUAGCUGGCAUACCAAACAGUCUUGUGUUUAUUGUGUGAGCCCUGUACACAUACACACAGAGCAGGGACCAUUGAAGCGUCACCCAGUUUGCACCCCUUAUGGGCACACAUAGCUCAGGGGCGUUUACCAACAAAACCCAUUGGCCCUGCGUGGCACCGGAGACCCAGUAGCCCAUCCCACUUUGUGGCAUCUACUCUCUACAACUACAACAAGCUCCCACAGCUACUGACAGGCAUUCAGGGUGACGGCUUAAACUUUCUCCCCUUGUGCCCAGCUCUCUAUUCAGAGUAUUGUGUGCAUGUCCAGUGGUUUGGCUUUUUCUAAUACUUGAGCCUGGUGCCGGGACAACGCAAGAGGCGCUGCGUUGAUUGAAUUCAACGGGGAUUGAAUAGAGAUUGUGGAAUGCUGUGAUCGCGGUGGACAACAAUCGCCAGUAAUGUGUGGCCACUUCGACCACUGAAUAAUACUUUCAGAUCUGCGGCCAGGUGAACAGAUUUGAUUUGUCAACUCGUAGCUCUGAACUGCAAGCAGCAUCGUUGGGAACUAUACGAAUCCUACACCGCUGAACUCUCCAUCAGCGGAUGCAGCCAGGUGUUCUCUGAUUGACUUUGCAAAGUCGACCGUCCCACACGUGUGGAGCUAUAUCUGUCUUCAGUCUGAGGAGUUCAACCAAGUGUUGUUUUAAGUCAACGCUUUGUGGAGUCGCUAAAAACAAAAUUUGUGGAUCAUGAAGACCAGCGGACAACCUGCUUACGUCCUCUCGGGAUAUAACAACCCGCACCAACAAGCCUACCUGGUGUAUCAUACGUACCCACCAGUCAGAACAAUGCCUCCACCCAGCCCAGCCAGUAACACGGGCUCGGCGGGUAGCUCAGGCUCUUCCAGUCAGCAACAUUCCCCCCACUCCCAGUCCUCACAGAGUAGUUACGGCAACGACAAGCUGAGUAAGACCAAUCUGUACAUACGAGGCCUUCCCACGCACACAACAGACGAUCACCUAGUCUCCCUCUGUCAGCAUUAUGGAAAAAUAAUUUCAACCAAGGCAAUAAUGGACAAACAAACGAACAAAUGUAAAGGUUACGGUUUUGUAGAUUUCGACUCAGCCGGGGCUGCCCAGAAGGCCGUAGUGGCACUACAGAGUCAAGGCGUACUUGCACAAAUGGCCAAGGUACAACAACAAGAACAAGAUCCCACCAAUUUGUACCUUUCCAACCUUCCCAAGAGCUACGAUGAGAAGGAACUGGAGAACAUGCUGGCCCCCUACGGUCACGUGAUCAGCACUCGGAUACUCCGAGACAGCCAGACGCAACUCAGUAGAGGAGUGGGCUUUGCAAGAAUGGAGUCCAAGGAGAAGUGUGAAGAAGUGAUCAAAAGGUUUAACGGUUACCAAGUUCCCGGCCAGCAUGAUCCCUUACUAUGCAAGUUUGCCGAUGGUGGCGUCAAGAAACGGAAUCAAUACAACAAGCAACAGACAACGACGCCAGGUCUCUGGCAACCACGAGCCGACCAGAGCCAGCUAUCCUACGACAGCGCUGUUUAUCAAAGGAACGGCCACAACCUAGGAAACGCCAUGGUCACCCAGAUGAUGCCCGCCCCCUUUGUCGGUUCCCAGCAGAUCGGCUACUCCGUUCAGUCCAGUAACCCUGGCUGGAUGACCCAGGCUGCUACGCCGUACAUCGUCCCCCAACAGCAUCUCACAUCUGUCAGUUCACAUAUGGGCACAUCGAUACUCCCGCAAUCGCCCAGCAUGGAGCAAGCCCUUAACGUACCCAACACUGGCAUGGUGCAUCAGAUAGGACAACAAAUGAGCACCCUUCAACUACAACCGUACAUGCAGCCUGGUUCCUACAUGGGCCCGCAUACAUAUCAACACGGGACCACAGUGCUGCAGCCUGUUGCAGUUGAGGAUGCGUCCGGUGUCCCCGUACAGGCACCAGAUGCAUCCCCUCACACCUCACACCCGUCUUCGCCCCAGGAACAAAUGGAGGACGUACACAGCCAGGGGCAACCCCAGCAGUAUUAUGCAGCCGCACCGGUGGUCACAGCCCAUGCCAAAUAGGGAGGGGGAGAGCCAAGGGGGACAUCAGUAGUGUUGUUAUGCCGUCCCUUCACAGUCACCGGAAUCUCACACAAGCGAGUAAGCUUAAAUCACCGUCAGUAUUACAAAGGUUCUGCGUACCUCACAUCCCGGAAAUGGUUUCCUCUACUACAACUCUCAAAAGAAGAGAAUUCCCAGUUCAGAUAUAACUGACUUCAAAAAGGCACUGAAAGUUUUGUCAGCAAUUGUUGGCCUUUUCUCUUGAUUGGUCAAGUGUUACCGUGGCAACCAGCUAAGACGAGGAUCGUCUGAACUAUGGAACAGAAGCAAUCGUUGGAAUUAUUGGGAAGAGGUCAAGAUUUGGAAGGUUAAAGGUCGAAUGUUUGUCAGGAGAUUUUGGAAGAUUCGAGAGCUGCUUCGUGAUUUUAUAUUUUGCUUUGAAUUAAACCCACCGCAUUCUCCGUUCGAUGAUAAAAUCGGACGGAGAAAAAAAAGCAGCUUGGAACUGCAGAUCCGUCAAGAAAGUGUUGUCAAGAGAUGACCGAGAAGUAGAACUGCUGAUCACAGAGUAGCCGCUAAGCUUAGAGAUUUUUGCAAAUCAAUAUGCCUUUUUCUAUUUGUUGAAUACUUAACAAAAGACACAAGUUGGUGGUUGUGGAAGAGGCCAUAUUAUGUAGAUGAGCCGGUCUCUGCCAGAAAAAGAUGUUGGUCUUUCUUCAAAAUAGUUUCCUUUAAUUCUUUUUAGAGAGUUGUGCCAAUUUUUUGAUAAGUUGAUACCACAGGAUGCACACACUAUACCAGUGUUGCUUCGUUACGUGAAGUGAAAUUGUGUUGGUCAAAAAAGAAACAACUCAUACAGGCUGGAAAUAAAGACUUUAUGGGGGAGGGGUCAUAUUUCUUUUCCCCCAUCAACUUAAUUGAGCAGAGACAUUCACAAAAAAGGGGAACUGCCAACAUAAGGCUGGAAAGCUUAGUUGGUAGCGCACUGGAACGGCAAUCCGGAGGUUGCAGGUUCAAACCCUGCUGCAGUCAAUUCUUUGUUCAACUUUAAAAAAAAAAAUUACUUGUUUGUGUCUUAAGGUACAAGGUCUUGAUUUGCUUACCAAUAUUUCAUGCUUAGCAGCUUAGUGUUGAUGCCAGUGUCUUGUGGAACUUCUAAGGGAAACUAGAGACGGCCGAUAAGCAUUGUUCAAUUUUGACAGAUGAAAAGGACACAUUUUUAACGAUUGUGACAUUUCUUUCUGUGUUUUUGCCAUAUUGCAUUCCUGUGGUAAAUGUGAAUAUGAAUGAGUAGCGUGUUGUUCAAAAGUGAGUUGUUUUUUUUCGUUUUGGUUUUUGUUAAUUUUUUCGGUUCAUUACAAAUAGCGUUUAUGCCAGACUUUCCUUUUUUACACAAAGUAAAACAUCGAUGCUCUGAAAAUAUCAAAAGCCAGUCCAUUGUAUUGGUGUGGACAAUAAUGGUGGGAAAAAAACUCAAAAAGAAAAAGACAGACACACAUCGCCGUGGCGAUUCAAUACAGAAGAGAAUUAUAAGGAAUUUAAAAAUAAAAAUAAUAAAAGAAAAUAACAAUAAUAAUAUAUGUAGAGUCUAUUUUGCUAUUUUUCAAAAAAGGAGCUAUUUUUUAAAAAUGAAAUUUAUGUGUCUUUAAAAAAUCAUGGCUCUUAUAAUUCAGCUCAUGCAUUUUAGGGGAAACGUCUUCAAGUUUUUUUUCUCUGUAAUAAGAGACAUUUUUAUCUUUUCAGAUUUUUAAGGUAAAUUUUUUUUUUAAUCGUUGAAGAGACUGCUCUAAAAAUAUCUGUAGAUUCCUUGUGAAUAGGUGGUUUUUGGAUUGAUUUGGUGGUAAUUGCGAGAAAAAAGGGUGUUUGAGUGAUUUAGAUAGUUGACUUUUUGUAAAAAAAAAACGUUAUUUGGUGUGGAGGUAAGACAUUUUUCUGUCAGUCCAAGAGAUUGGACAACAAAAUGUCACUAGGUAGCAUUGUCUGAUUUUCUUAUUGACAAGAUUUUAAGAAUAUAAAUGACUGAAAGAGUUGAUUUUUUUUACGUUCAAUCAUUCUAAAUUACAUUGCCUGGGCGAUACAUUGCCUCGUUUUGUUUUUAAAAUAUUUUAGCACAAAGGUACCUGGAGAAAAAUACUAGAAAUUUAGAGUAAUUUAAGAGUCUUUUUUUUGUAAGUGAUACAAAAAUUUUAGAAGUGAAACAGGGAAAGUUUAUUGUGUGACCUGUCUGGUUUGUCUUUUUUUGUUUUGUUUUAAGGAAAUACCUCAGAGUCUUAGUAAUAUUGUAAUUUUUUUUGUACAAAGAUGAGUUAACGUUGUUGUUUCUUUUUGGUUCUUAAGUAGGACUAGACUAGAAUUUAGCGAGUAAAUUAUGUGAUGAUGAUGUGGUUAUAAUGUUGUUGACACACACAAAAUCUAUGCAUUGAAAGUAGACAAGGCAUUCCUGGAGAACAGAUAAAUUAAAAACAAGAAAAAAAAAGAGAAAAAAAAAAGAACACAAAAUUAAAUAAAAAUGGUGCUCUGAUUUUCCUUAUUCUCAGUCGAUUUAGUCCUUAGAAGUAAAUAAAAUACUAGUGCACAGUUGUUCCGGGAGGGAGGCUGCAAAGGUCAAAGUUGAAAUGCCGCGUGAUUGUCCAUUGAUGGUCUUGUGAAUACAAUAGGUGGAAUUUUCUAGUCUGUUUCGAACUAUUGUUUGUGCUGUAUUAUGUGAUAGUGUGGUGUGGAUCUGUCCGUUGAAAUGUAUUUGUGAAAGAGAGGGAAAAAAAUACAACCAUCCUAGUUUGCCAAUUCAUCUGGUAUUUUUUACAAGAUGCAGCUGACUUUGGUGUAAGCAUUAUAUUAAAAAAAAAAAGGCUGUUUAACUGGAAGAGAAGAAAUAUAUGUGCCAUAGUUUUGUUUUUUCCUUUUUGUUUUGAAACCAAAACACAGAGGGGCUACAAGAAAACUGUAACUAACUUAUAAGACUUUUUCAUUUUUGUUUUUUAGGGUUUUUUUUUUAGUUGGGGUCCGGCACUGUUGCGUCAAUUCUCAGGAAGGUAAUGGAAAAAAAAAUAAGAAAGAACAAAUUGAUUUCUGCGAGCAUCUCUGAAAAUAAAAUGUUCCCUUUUAGUUGAGUUUCUUAAUGCAAAUGUUUUGGCACUUAACUCGAUUUUUACCUCUUAACAUCAGGCAAUAUAUAAAAAAAAAGAGAAAAAAAAGUAUUUUGGAAGAAAAAAAACUAUGUUUCUUCUUGCUUUACCUCAUAGUGUGCACUUAACUCAAGUGUCCAAAAAUUGUAAAAAAAACUUUAAAAAACUAACGUUGCAGAAAAUGCAAAACUUAACUGAAACAGAAGAAGCUAAGUCGGCGUUCAAAAAAAUAGGUCAACAUUUCUUUGAUGUUUUUCAAUGAUAUUUUUCUUGCAUGUGUUGAGCACCUGUGCUGUGGUCAUCCCCAAAACUAAAUUGUGAUAUUUUAAAUUUCAUUUCGUUUUCUUAGUUUUUUUUCUGUUUUUUUUUGGUUGAGAACAUAGGGGCUGAUACUUUUAGGGAAAAAGUUCUCGCUGAAUGUAAAUAAUGCCAUCCUUUGUCGAAUUAAGUAGUUUUCCUUUUUCUUUGACAAGUUUUCUAAAACUUUUUAAGGUUUAUUUUACAAAUACGUUUGGUAGAAGAAGUAGAUUUUUCUUUUUUAGAAAAUCCAGAGAUGAUGAUUUUUAAGGUGGAAUCGGCAUAGUAUUCAAAUUUAUGUUUGUUAAUUUUGAUGAUUUGUGGGUUGAUUUCGUAGAUUUGGUGGGUUUUUUUGACAAAAUUAACGGUAGAUUUUUUUUGUUUGCACUUGGGAUUGUACAGAUAUGGCUUUGUAUUUUCUGAGAGGAAAAAAACAUGUUGCAUUGGCAGGGGUUAUUUGUCAUCUAGAAAACUUGAAAAACUCUGUGAAAAGAUUUUGAAAUGAUAGGAACGCACACUAAAAGAUUAAAAGUCUAGAACAGAAGCCACUCAUAUUUGGAGUAAAUAUAUACUCAGAACAGACAAACAUGCAGUGAAAAGUUCUGAUUCCAGAGAAUUAAUUCAGUGAUUUUGUUCUCCACAACUGCAUGUGACUCAACUACAGAAAAGGCUUACAAAUUUAAUUUUUUUGUGGAAAAUAAAAGUAAACGUCAUUCUGUCCAGAUAUGCCUUGAAGAUUAGUUUUUCAUUGUCAGUGCAACAAGUUUUUAAAGUUGAUGUGAUGGUAAAAAACGAGCCCUUUUUCUUCCAUUGUAUUAAAAGACUAUUUCUAGUAUUUCUUUUGUACCUAAAUUUCAAAUAUGCCGAACAGAAAAGAUUAUAUUAAAAGAUCUUUAUAAAACAAGUCUCCCUUAUUCACUGGAAAAAAAAUAUGUUGAUGUUCAGAAAGUGCAAUACAGGUGUUGAGGCGUUUCAGUGAAUUCGAGAGCUUGAUUCUGUUUCUUACAAAGUGAAAGUAAAAAGCUUAAUUCAAAUUGUCAUGGAUGGAAUGCAGAUUUGUAAUUUGGAUUGGUGUUGAUAUUUGAAAUGAAAUGUUACAGUGAAAAAUGACAGUAGCAGUGACAUAAUCCAUUAAAACUUGAUCUUGUGGUUGACUUGCAUAGCGCCCUCUGUUGACCCAAAUUUGGCAGGAAAGACUUGCAUCCUAUUUUUAGUGUGCAAUUUUUGGGAUUAACGUUACGGUUCAAUGUCACAAAAAUUAUUUUGAAGUUGUUUAUUGAGUUACAAAUAUUGCUGAGGUUUAUUUCAAAUCUGGGAAAUGCUUUGGAAAUUGUGCAAAGAUUUUUGUUCAUGCCGUAAUUUACAUAGAUGAUUCAAUUUUCAACCAAAAACAGAAAUGUGCUGAUAAAUAGAGGUUAUUCCACAAAGCCAAAUCCUAAAUAACAUACAAAAGUUGAGGAUACUGUUCUGCAAUUUGUGUAUAUGAAGGCUGAUUUAUAAUCUCGUUUUCAUUUGAUUGUUUUUCUUGCAAACGUUUAUGACAAAAUUCCUGUGCCGUAGGCCUACAUGUCAUGUGACUUUCAGCAUUUUCCUUGUGCCAUGCAUCAUCCUUUUUUUUUUGGUAAUUUUGUUUUGGUAAUUUUUUGUGAUUUUUGAGAAAGGUAUGCAUUCCAUAUGCCUUGGCAAUUUUGUUGAAACUAUUUUAAACAUGUAGAAAAAGUCCUUUAUUAGCAAAAUGUUGCAUUCUGCAAGUGGAGUCAGUUAAAAAAGAAAACAGUAUUAGUGUGACAACAUUCUGAAGUAUAGAGUUUUAAAAGUAUACAAAUGCCUGUUCAACUAAAUUGUCAUUAUUUUGGAAUUCUUACUUUUCAAAGCUUCCAAAUAUAAUGCAAAAUUGUUAACCUACACUGGGAUUUAAGUCUGGUGUUCACAAAGUCAAUUUGAUUAAUAUUAAUUUAUUCACCAUGCAAGCCACCAAUGUGCAUCCUGAAUUAGCUUAUGAAUAUGCAACAUGUGUAAUGUUCCGUCGUGAUUGGAUGAGUGAUUGUGAUCAUGUGAUGCAAGGUGUGGCCAAGGUGUUUCCUUUUUUUGUAUUUUCCAGAUCACUUGUAGAUAAUGUACAGUUAAAAAUAGGUCUCUAGGUGAUUAUUGUUUUGUUUUAGAUAAGACAAAUGAAAAGAUUGUGUUCUGUUUAUUUUUUGUUAUUGAGCUUUACUCAGUAGUUCGGAAAUGAAAAAAACGUGGGUCUAAUUCCAUGGAGCAGCUAUAAGCAGAAAAAUAACGCUUAGCAAAUUUACGAGCUAAGCAUGAAUCAGCCGGGUACCAGUCAUGAGCAAUAUGCAUCGCAUGACACUUUGGGUGGUAACCUGUUUUCCGUGCUUAGCAGAUAUCUGCAGUCAGCAGCACCUUGUAAUGGGCCCCAGCUUUCAGUGCUUGAAAGAAUCAGUUUCAGAUGAAUCACGUGUGAAUAUAAGUCUAAAGAUUGUGAAAACUGUCCUCAAAAGAGAGAAAGGUUUUUAGCUGUGAGGGUAAAAUCCAAAUAAUUUUUAGUGAUGGAUAAAUUUUAAAAAGCCUGUACAGUACACAAGGCCAAAGAGAAUUUCAAUCAGUAUGUGGCUGUAAGAAAUCUGCCUUCAAACCUUCCUGAAAAAUUCAAUAAAAAAUCAUCCGGCUCCUUUAAAUUCUUAAAAAAAUUACCAGCGGUUUUCUCAAAGGUGAGUUCCCUGGAAAUUGCAGAAAUGAGCAAGUCCUCACCCCUUGUUUUUUAAUUUUUUAGAAAUCGUCAGAAACAAUGACAACUGUAGAUGUGUAUGCCCUGUGCUAACUCAUAGGACAAAAAAAAGCCAAUCAACUGUUUUAAAUGUUUUGUACAUGUCAAAUGUUGUACAGAUUGUAACGUUGUAGUAGAUUUGGAGAAAUGGAGAUGGAUCUUUUUAAAAAAAUGAACGGAGCAAUACAAAGACAAACUGAUGGUUAGGAAUCUGUGGGAUUAAAGAGAGCGAGAGACAAAUGAAUAGAUUUUAAGAGAUAAUUUCAUACAAAUGUAGGUCUAGAAAUCUUAGGCAACUCGUAGUUUUACUGACUAAUUUUAAAAAUGAGUAGAAUUGUAGGCUGACACACAAAUUGUCAAAUUUUCAUGUCAAUAAUUCCAUUGUCUGCUCUAUUAAAAAAGGGAGCCACCAAACUUGAAAAAAAGUAA